CAUAUUACCAAGUAAUUAAUUUGACUGAUCAGUGGUUAGUGGUUUCAACUGGUUUUAGACUGUAAACAGACGAAUAGACACAGUGCACUCCACAAAGAAAUUCUGUAGUUAAAUGAAAACACAUGAUAUCUCUAGUCUUAUUUAUCUGGGCACUUUCAUAACUAGUGCUGAGUUACCCCGGUCUGAUUUAGCAAUUACUGUGAUCUUGUGCUUCCUCAAACAUGUUGGAGAUGAUAUUUCUUGUUGUGAUAAGUUCUUUCUCACUUUAUUCCGAUGUUUUAUUUUUGGUGAACAUAGUCCUCUGAUUUGCUCAGCAAUUGAUUACCCACUGAGUUUAUUCAUCUCCUCAGUUUCUAAUCUGUCAUUGGCUACGUUGAAGUUCAGUCCCUUCUCGAACGUUUUCGUUUCACCAGAGUUUAAUGCCCUUGUUGAGAGGUUCAUCACCCACUUUGCUUUGACGAUAGUUAACAAUGAUACAUUGGUAACUUGUAACGUCUUAACAGGAUGCUUUCCUUCCAGUAAAUUGUUGAAUAUUUUAAUUUGAACUUAUUGAAAUAAAUAGAAAAAUCUAAUUACAUCCAGCCAAGGCUGUUUUAUCCACGUAAAAAAAUAAAAUAAAUUCAUACAUUUGCCGCUAGCAUGUUGACUGUUAAACAACAUCCAAGGCAUAACGUGACACAGCCACCCAGCUAGGAAGUCACAUCUUACAGAUUUUCUUUGACCAGUCUAUUCACAUUCUCGUCUCUCAUCAAUACUUCCAUGAAUCUAUCUAAACAAGUGACCUUCAAAAGAGUCUGAGUAUUUGUCUACAGGAUGUCAUGUGGCAGAGUAAGAGAAGUUAUAAGAAAACAGUCUGAAUGAAAUGUGAACAUGUGACAUUUUUCA